GUAGUACCUGUAGUAGGUGUAGUAGCUGUAGUAGCUGUAGUACCUGUAGUAGCUGUAGUAGCUGUGGUAGCUGUAGUACCUGUAGUAGCUGUAGUAGCUGUAGUAGCUGUAGUAAUACCUGUAGUACCUGUAGUACCUGUAGUAGGUGUAGUACCUGUAGCACCUGUAGUACCUGUAGUAGGUGUAGUAGCUGUAGUACCUAUAGUACCUGUAGUAGCUGUAGUAGCUGUAGUAGCUGUAGUAGCUGUAGUACCUGUAGUACCUGUAGUAGCUGUAGUAGGAGUAGUACCUGUAGUAGCUGUAGUACCUUUAGUAGCUGUAGUACCUGUAGUACCUGUAGUAGCUGUAGUAGUACCUGUAGUAGCUGUAGUAGCUGUAGUACCUGUAGUAGGUGUAGUACCUGUAGUACCUGUAGUACCUGUAGUAGCGGUAGUAGCUGUAGUACCUAUAGUAGGUGUAGUACCUGUAGUAGGUGUAGUACCUUUAGUAGGUGUAGUACCUGUAGUACCUGUGUACCUGUAGUAGCGGUAGUAGCUGUAGUACCUGUAGUAGGUGUAGUACCUGUAGUAGCUGUAGUACCUGUAGUAGGUGUAGUACCUGUAGUAGGUGUAGUACCUGUAGUAUCUGUAGUAUCUGUAGUACCUGUAGUAGCGGUAGUACCUGUAGUACCUGUAGUACCUGUAGUACCUGUAGUACCUGUAGUAGGUGUAGUAGCUGUAGUAGUACCUGUAGUACCUGUAGUACCUGUAGUACCUGUAGUAGCUGUAGUAGCUUGGUAGCUGUAGUACCUGUAGUAGCUGUAGUAGCUGUAGUAGCUGUAGUACCUGUAGUAGCUGUAGUAGCUGUAGUAGCUGUAGUAGCUGUAGUACCUGUAGUAGGUGUAGUAGGUGUAGUACCUGUAGUAGCUGUAGUAGCUGUAGUAGCUGUAGUAGCUGUAGUAGCUGUAGUAGCUGUAGUAGCUGUAGUAGCUGUAGUAGCUGUAGUAGCUGUAGUAGCUGUAGUAGCUGUAGUAGCUGUAGUAGCUGUAGUAGCUGUAGUAGCUGUAGUAGCUGUAGUAGCUGUAGUAGCUGUAGUAGCUGUAGUAGCUGUAGUAGCUGUAGUAGCUGUAGUAGCUGUAGUAGCUGUAGUAGCUGUAGUAGCUGUAGUAGCUGUAGUAGCUGUAGUAGCUGUAGUAGCUGUAGUAGCUGUAGUAGCUGUAGUAGCUGUAGUAGCUGUAGUAGCUGUAGUAGCUGUAGUAGCUGUAGUAGCUGUAGUAGCUGUAGUAGCUGUAGUAGCUGUAGUAGCUGUAGUAGCUGUAGUAGCUGUAGUAGCUGUAGUAGCUGUAGUAGCUGUAGUAGCUGUAGUAGCUGUAGUAGCUGUAGUAGCUGUAGUAGCUGUAGUAGCUGUAGUAGCUGUAGUAGCUGUAGUAGCUGUAGUAGCUGUAGUAGCUGUAGUAGCUGUAGUAGCUGUAGUAGCUGUAGUACCUGUAGUAGCUGUAGUAGCUGUAGUAGCUGUAGUAGCUGUAGUACCUGUAGUAGCUGUAGUAGCUGUAGUAGCUGUAGUAGCUGUAGUACCUGUAGUAGCUGUAGUAGCUGUAGUAGCUGUAGUAGCUGUAGUAGCUGUAGUAGCUGUAGUAGCUGUAGUAGCUGUAGUAGCUGUAGUAGCUGUAGUAGCUGUAGUAGCUGUAGUAGCUGUAGUAGCUGUAGUAGCUGUAGUAGCUGUAGUAGCUGUAGUAGCUGUAGUAGCUGUAGUAGCUGUAGUAGCUGUAGUAGCUGUAGUAGCUGUAGUAGCUGUAGUAGCUGUAGUAGCUGUAGUAGCUGUAGUAGCUGUAGUAGCUGUAGUAGCUGUAGUAGCUGUAGUAGCUGUAGUAGCUGUAGUAGCUGUAGUAGCUGUAGUAGCUGUAGUAGCUGUAGUAGCUGUAGUAGCUGUAGUAGCUGUAGUAGCUGUAGUAGCUGUAGUAGCUGUAGUAGCUGUAGUAGCUGUAGUAGCUGUAGUAGCUGUAGUAGCUGUAGUAGCUGUAGUAGCUGUAGUAGCUGUAGUAGCUGUAGUAGCUGUAGUAGCUGUAGUAGCUGUAGUAGCUGUAGUAGCUGUAGUAGCUGUAGUAGCUGUAGUAGCUGUAGUAGCUGUAGUAGCUGUAGUAGCUGUAGUAGCUGUAGUAGCUGUAGUAGCUGUAGUAGCUGUAGUAGCUGUAGUAGCUGUAGUACCUGUAGUAGCUGUAGUAGCUGUAGUAGCUGUAGUAGCUGUAGUACCUGUAGUACCUGUAGUAGCUGUAGUAGCUGUAGUACCUGUAGUAGCUGUAGUACCUGUAGUAGGUGUAGUAGCUGUAGUAGCUGUAGUAUCUGUAGUACCUGUAGUAGCUGUUGUACCUGUAGUGGCUGUAGUACCUGUAGUACCUGUUGUACCUGUAGUAGGUGUAGUAGCUGUAGUACCUGUAGUACCUGUAGUAGCUAUAGUACCUGUAGUAGGUGUAGUACCUGUAGUACCUGUAGUAGCUGUAGUAGCUGUAGUACCUGUAGUAGCUGUAGUACCUGUAGUGGCUCUAGUACCUGUAGUACCUGUAGUGGCUGUAGUACCUGUAGUACCUUUAGUACCCAUAGUACCUGUAGUACCUGUAGUACCUGUAGAAGCUGUAAUAGCUGUAGUAGCUGUAGUAGCUGUAGUACCUGUAGUACCUGUAGAACCUGAAGUAGGUGUAGUACCUGUAGUAGCUGUAGUACCUGUAGCAGCUGUAGUACCUGUAGUAGCUGUAGUAGCUGUAGUACCUGUAGUAGCCGUAGUAGCUGUAGUACCUCUAGUACCUGUAGUAGGUGUAGUAGGUGUAGUAGCUGUAGUAUCUGUAGUACGUGUAGUAUCU